AUGGCCCAAUAUCAAUGCACGGAGCACGUCAAAAGCUUUCUCACCGAGUUGCCAAAAUGUGAGCACCAUCUUCACUUGGAAGGCACUUUGGAACCUUCUCUUUUGUUUGAGUUGGCAGAAAGAAAUAACGUAUCGUUGCCAAACCAUUUCCCUCCCACUGUAGAGGCCUGCAAUGAAAGAUACGCUAACUUUGCUGACUUACAAGAUUUCUUGGACCACUAUUACAUAGGGAUGAGCGUGUUGAUUAAGGAAGACGACUUCUAUGAUUUGGCCAUGGAAUACUUCAGCAGGGCACACAAGGAUGGCUGUUUACAUUCUGAGGUCUUUUUUGACCCCCAGGGACAUGUCGAAAGAGGAAUUAGCGUCGACGUUGUCGUGCAAGGUUUUGAUAGAGCGUGCAAAGACGCCAAUGCCAAGUUCGGUACGACCAAUAAGUUAAUUAUGUGUUUGUUGAGACAUUUGCCAGCAGCUUCUGGAAUUGAAACUAUUGACUCAACUGCAAAGUACUUUGAAAAUGGUACUAUUCACGGGUUGGGGUUGGAUUCGGCAGAGAAGCCUUUUCCUCCCGAGUUGUUUACAGAAUGUUAUGGCCUUAUCAAGUCUAAGUUUCCACAAGUUGGUUUGACUGCUCAUGCGGGUGAAGAAGGUGAUCAUACCUAUGUUUCAAACUCCUUGGACUUGUUAAAUGUAUCUCGUAUUGAUCAUGGUGUCAACUCCAAGAAUGACGAGCAGUUGAUGAAAAGAUUGGCCGAAGGUCGCAUCAUGUUAUCCAUGUGUCCAUUAUCUAAUGUCAAAUUGCAAGUGGUGAAGGAUGUUUCUGAGUUGCCCAUCGCUUUGUUCUUGGAAAACGAUGUCCCUUUUUCUAUCAACGUCCGAUGA